AUGUUAUUUCAAAUUGAUUGCAAAAAUAUAAAGCAAAGUAAACAGCUAACCUUGAUAAAUGCAGCCAAAUAUCCAAUUUUAGUUAGGAUCAUAGAAGACAGUUCUUACACUGUCAUUCCUUCCUUUUCAUUGUUGAAAUUCAAUGAAAGAAAGAAUUUUUAGAUCAUGCCCAAAUUGACUUCUAGACAAGAAAGCCGUCUAAAAAUUGAAGCCAUCGAAUUUGAUGAAACCAAACUUGAAACACUCUCUGUUCCGCCGUUCUGGAAUGAAAGAAAUAAAGGUUCCUUACAGUCAUAAUCUCAAUCUCUGUUGUUAUCCACAGAUGCAUAAGACUCCAAUGGGUUUGCCCACUAUAACAAGUCCCCAACCAUGAAUCAAAUCUUUCAUGACCAAAAUCAGGACUCAUCCAAUACUAAUGAACGAUAUGUCUAGUAAAUUAAAAAAAAAAUAAACGAUCAUGACAACCAAAAUAACUCCAUAUCAAGUAUAACUUCUUAACAAUCCAUACAAAGAAUGGGUUCAGCCAAAAUAGCAGAUGACAAUAAAUUUCAAUAGUCCUAUUCACAAAAUAGGAAACAUUCCUUAAGCGAUUUCGAAUCAUAUGGAUAUAUGUCUACAACCCAAACCUAAUAAUAAAUUCUCAAAAUGCCUAAUGAUUUCAAUAACUUUUUAGAUUAGAUUGAUUCUUCUAAUGAUCCAUUUCUCAUUCAAUUACCCUCUUAACAUGAAUCUUAAACCCAAUCUCAACAUAACUUUCCCGAUAAUCAAUAAUAAGACAUGAGUAUCAGUGAAACUACUUCUAUUUAAAGAUUCCAUACUUCAAAAUAGCAAUUCCCUCAAUUAAAAAGAUCAAAGUUCAAUGAAAAAUCAAAGCUAAGAGUUUCAUACCCUUUUGUUCACCACCCCAAAUCUCCAAUCAAUAAUUAGCAUCAUUUAAAUAAAAAUAAGCUAAUAGAGGACUAGUUAUUAAAAUAAAUUAAUGAAUUGAAACACAACAAAGAAGUAUUUCUACAAGAGCUGAAAAAAUUAGAAUUCAAAAUGCUAUUCAAUUGUAAGAAUGCAAAUACAAUCAACCAAUAACGUUUCUAUAUUUGGCAUAUCCUUAUAACAAGUGUUCUAUGUCUUCUAAUCGGAAGCUUCAUGAAAAGAUUCAUCCCAUAAUUUUGA